AUGCCGCCAUUUUGGAAGCAGACUGGGAGCCCACGAGCCUUGGAAGCUGCCUGCCAGGGACUCGCGGCCCGCAGGUCCAGAUGGGCUGUCAGAGCUCCACGGUGGACACGACUGACUGCUGUUUAUGGAACCUCCAGAGUAUCUGAGUAUGACUUCUUUAUGGGUAGCAUCUAUAUCCAGAACGCGAAUGAACACAUGACAUUAAGAGACGACUGCGGAUUACAAGCCGUUGUCGUUGAGUCCAAAGAAGACAGUAUCGAUGGAACAUGUGAAGAUGAGGUUUGUUCAGCACCAAAUGAUGACAACGUAUCUGAAAGAACAUGUGUAGAUGAGGUUUGUUCAGCACCAAAUGAUGACAACGUAUCUGAAAGAACAUGUGAAGAUGAGGUUUGUUCAGCACCAAAUGAUGACAACGUAUCUGAAAGAACAUGUGAAGAUGAGGUUUGUUCAGCACCAAAUGAUGACAACGUAUCUGAAAGAGACGACUGCGGAUUACAAGCCCUUGUAGUUGAGCUCAAAGAAGAGAGUAUUGAUGGUAACAUACCUUCUGAUACCACAAUAGAAAUUGAAGAAUGGAAUAACAACAAUGAACGUCACCACAUCAAGAAAAUUGCAAAUGGGAUUCUAUCAUCUAUUGCAUUCAGGAUACUAGAAAUAUUGCUCAUUUUCAUUGAUCUUGCCCUGAUGGGUACAGAUGUUGUCAUUACAAUGACAAAACUCAGCAUUGCUUUGGAAUACAGAGCAGUCUCCUUCAUGAUUGCACUAUUUUUCCUACUGGAUGUUGUUCUGCAAAUAUAUGUUAAAGGGAAAAAGCAUUAUUUUUCUCAGUUACUUAACAUCUUAGAUGUUGUCACCAUUGGAAUAAUUAUACUGAUUGAUAUAACAUAUAUAUUUUUCUACGUUCAUUUUUUUAAGUAUAUCCAAAGGAUGGCAGUGUUUUUUCGACUUCUGAGGCUGAUUACGUUUAUGCGAAUAUUCCACCUUGCGAACCAGACAAGAUAUCUAGAAAACCUGAUCAGAAGACUGGUGUCUGGCAAUAAGAGAAGAUAUGCCAAGGAUGGAUUUGAUCUGGAUUUAACUUACAUCACUGAACACCUGAUUGCCAUGUCAUUUCCAUCCUCUGGGAAACAUGCGGUAUAUAGGAAUCCUAUAGAGGAGGUCGUUCAUUUCUUGGACACCAGACACCCAGAACACUAUUUCGUCUACAACCUUUGCAGUGAACGGUCGUAUAACCCCAGGUUUUUCCAUCACCGGAUGCAUAGAAUUCUCAUAGACGAUCACAACGUCCCAACACUUCAGGAGAUGAUAACAUUUUCAAAAGAAGUCAUUGCUUGGUUAUCCAAGGAUCCCCAGAAUACCAUCGCGAUUCACUGUAAAGGAGGAAAAGGGCGUACUGGGACCAUGAUAUGUGUCUGUCUCCUCGCAAUGGACACAUUUUCAACUGCAAAGGAAAGCCUCACUUAUUUUGGAGAACGACGGACAGACAAACGUUUCUGUGAUAAAUUUCAAGGAGUAGAAACUCCCUCUCAAAGCCGAUACGUUGGAUAUUUUGAAACUAUUAAAACUAUGUGGAACUGGGAACUACCUGUGAAAAAAACACUAACAAUUACAAAAAUUGUCCUGUACUCCAUUAAAGGAGUAGGAGAAGGAAAUGGCAAGGACCUAACCAUUGAUAUCAUAAUGCAGCACAAGACUGUGUUUACUUGCACUGGCCAAACCUGCGAGGUCUCACAUGAUAUUGAGACAAAUAGAGCAAUAUUUAUUGUACCCAACUGUCCGGCCCUAUGUGAUGAUAUUAAACUGAAAUUUACUUCUAAAAAUCUUCCUAACCAUUACGACAAUUGUGCCUUCUAUUUCUGGUGCAACGUUUCUCUGAUAGAGAAAAACAGACUUUAUUUAACUCGGAACGAAUUAGACAAUCCCCAUAAACCAAAAACGUGGAGCAUUUAUGAUGAGAACUUUGCUGUCGAAUUAUAUUUCGAAGAAGUAUUUGUAUAA